AUGUUUUGGAAAUCUGCCAAUUUUGGAAAAGGAACAUUGAGGUUGUUAUUUGUGAGAAAUUUAUAUAAAUCGAGAGGUUUAAAUGGACCGAAGGUGAGUAUUUUUUAGAAAUAUUGAUGGAAAAUUGUGAAAUUAAAUUUGCCACGUAUUUCAAUUGCAUUAAAAAAAAAUUGCUUUGUAAUUUUUGAAUAAUUUUUUAAUUGUGUUUUGUGAAAACAUUUCUUCAAAAAACAAUUUUUUCUGAUUUUUCAAAAAAAAAAAUUAGAAUUUUUGAAUAAAAUUUUGAAAUUUAUGCAGUUUUUUCUAGUUGAAAAGUUGAAAAACAUCCACGUUGCAUUAUUUUAAAAAUUUCCAGAAACCAUCUUCUUCAAAAGAAUCACUUAUCCUAAAUCUCGAUUCUUCAUCCUCCAGAAAAUCCCUAAAAUUCAAUGAAAAACCUUUGAAAAAGUCAAAAUCAAUAGAAUGGAGCAGUGGAUCAAUUGCAAUGCUUGUAAGAAUAUUUCUUUAAAGUUUUUAAAUAAUAAAAUCCUCGAGUUUUUAGGCAAUCCCAGUUUUUGCAUUUUCUCUUGGUUGUUGGCAAUUUUAUCGAUUAUUUUGGAAGUUGGAUUUGAUUGAACAUUUGAAAUCGAGAUUGAGUCAAGAGGCCGUGGAAUUGCCUGAGGAUUUAUCGAGGUGAAUUUGAGAUAUUUGCAAUUUUUGCGAGACUCACGGAAGCUUGCGUUUUUUCGAGCCCAAGUUCAUCUCAAAAAUCAUUUUCAGCCAAAAUCUGGAACCCCUCGAAUAUUGUCGCGUCAAAAUCACUGGCGAAUUUCUGCACUCCAGAGAAUUCGUCAUCUCACCACGUGGCAGAUUCGACCCGGGAAAACCGAAAAGUUCAUCUGCUGGAUCUUUGCUAUCUGAAAAUGAAUUAUCGAGUCAUGGAGGACAUUUGAUAACUCCUUUUCGAAUUCAGAAAACUGGACAGAUUAUAUUGAUAAAUCGAGGAUGGAUUCCGUCGUUUUUGUUUAGCGCGGAUUCGAGGCAAAAAACGAAUCCAAAAGGAAUUUUGACAUUGGAAGCGAUUGUUAGAAAAACUGAAAGUGUGAGUGGAUUUUGGGGUCGAAUGUUAUGACGUGGGAAAUUCUUCCACGCAUUAGCUUGCAGCUCUCAAUUCUUCCUGAAAAUCUCAAUUUUUGUAGCGUCCUCAAUUCGUUGGUCAAAAUAUGCCCGAACAAAAUGUUUGGUAUUAUCGAGAUUUGGAACAAAUGGCAAAAGCUUAUGAUUGUCUUCCAGUUUGGCUAGAUGCUGCAUACGGUAUUUCAUUUUUUUUCUUACAAAAAAAAAAUCAAUCGAUAAAAUGUUCUUAUUUUUCAGAAACUACAGUACCCGGUGGUCCAAUCGGAGGUCAAACAAAUAUAAAUAUUCGAAAUGAGCAUUUGAAUUAUUUGACAACUUGGUAUACUUUGACAUUGGUUACCAUGCUUAUGUGGUUUAACAAAUUUAGGAAAUAG